AUGAUAAUGAGUUUUUUCCAUUUUACAACAAAAACACCGAUCUCAAUCACCACAACAACAUUAACACCCACAGCCGCCUCUACAACACCGGAAAGCAGCACAACAACUAGUAGCACACCUGAUACUACUAGCACACCUGAUACUACUGGGACACCUGAUAGUACUACCAUACCUGAUACUACUAGCACAUCGGAUACUACCAGCACACCAGAUACUACUAGCACACCAGACACUAGCACACCAGAUACUACCAGCACACCGGAUACUACUAGCACACCAGACACUAGCACAUCUGAUACUACGAGCACACCAGAUACUACUAGCACACCGGAUACUACCAGCACACCUGAUACUCGUACAACAGUUACUACCAUACCUGAUACUACUAGCACACUUGAUACUACCAGCACACCAGAUACUACUAGCACACCAGGCACUAGCACACCUGAUACUACUAGCACACCGGAUACUACCAGUACACCAGAUACUACUAGCACAUCAGACACUAGCACACCUGAUACUAGUACAACAGCUACUAGCACAGCUAGUACACCUUCAUGGACAAGCAGUACAAGUACGUCGACAACAUCUAGUUCAACAUCAUCUACAUCAACGAUUAGUAGUACAACCAGUACGAGCUCAUCAACGAGCAGUACAAGUACAUCGACGUCAUCCACAUCAACGACUAGUAGUACGAGCUCAUCAACGAGCAGUACAAGUACAUCGACGUCAUCCACAUCAACGACUAGUAGUACGAGCUCAUCAACGAGCAGUACAAGUACUUUGACGUCAUCCACAUCAACGACGACAACUAUAAGUGCGUCUUGUGUAUUAGUAUGCAAUACUAAUGCAACCACAUCUACGCCGUUGAUAGCCAUAUCAGCAUCAGCGGACUCAAAUCAGCAAAAUUCAAAUGAUUUUUCGUUAAAACUUGGCUUAGGUUUAGGUUUAGGUCUUGGACUUUUAUUUUUUACAUUAGUAUCAGGUGCUUUGUGUUAUUAUCAUUGUUGUUGCCCAUGUAAUACCGGGGUGAUGGAUGGAGGAGCAGUUGAAGAACCAGUGGAAGAUUUUCGUCCUAUACAUGUGGCCAAGAAACCAUUUUUAGUUGGAAUAAAACGACUUCCACAUCCAAGAAUUCAUAGUAAAUAUCUUCAACGUGUCUGGUAA